AUGCUUCUUCGCCUGCUUCCUGUCCCUUCCCCGAGUCAACCUUCUCCCCCUACGAUCCUCUUCACCCUCCCCCUUCCUGCGUCGCCUUAUACCUCGCGCGCCCUCCCCUUGCCACCCAACCUUCUCGCUCACCGCAGCCUCUGCCUGCAGGAGGACAUCGAAUGUGCCAACGUCUUGUUGGGUGACAAGUCCAGCUGGAUCAGUGGAGUUGUUGACAAUGUCACAUUCUCUCUGCCUCACGCCACGAUUAUCGUGCAUCUGGUUGACGGAUCUACCGUCAGCCUGGAUCUGACCGGCGACUGUGUGGCGCAGCUGCACCGCGUUGUCAAUGAGGUCCAGCUCUCGUUCGCCGCCGCCGCCGCACCACUUCCUCCUCCCCCGCCAGCUGCGGCGCCGGCAGACACGCCGCGUUCGAGCAUGUCAUCUGAUCGCUCCAACUCGUCCCUCUCGCUUCCCUCGUCGGCUGCCAACUCUCGCCGGACACCAUCUUCACUGCUCUUGUCCCUGUUGUCACCACUGCUCCCAAACCCCGCCCUGGCCGUCCAAGCUCCUCCUCACGUCGCGGUUCACCAGCAGCCCGCGCGCGCACACCGCCGCCAGGCACGCUCGCUGCUCGUUGACGCGUACCGCCGCUACGUCCUUCCCCUCAUCAAGGACCGCCUCCCAUCUGCAUACCUCCUCUGGUCUAUCCAGAGCGAGACCGCUACCAAGAUGGACGAGUUCACCCGCCUUCGUGACGAGAUCUACUCGCUUCUCGAGCAGGCCGGCGUCGACCCCAUGGCCGUUGACACCACCUCGCCACUCAAGCGUUACCGCUUUGCCUGCACCCAGUCGUCGAUCGCCACCCUCUCGUGCGAGUCGGAGAGCUCCUCGCGUCGGUCCUCGUUAGAGUCAACCGAGUCCACCUCCCCCCAGACCUUCCUCCUCAGCAUUCCCCCCGCUCACACCCUCCCCCUCAAGCAGCGCGUUGCAUACAGCGCCCAGCUCACGCGUCUCACUCAGCUCGCCUCGCGGAUCGGCAGUAUCACGAAGCUUGCAUCCCGCUACGAGCGCGAGGAGGGCAAACGCCGCUGGCUCGAGCAGCUCGACCUCUCUCGUGACGCUGACAAGGCCUGUCGCCGGGCCUUCUCCAACGGCCUCCUACCUCGUAGUGCCACGCUCAGCGCCGCUCCCCUCCGCCGCUCCUCUCUCCGCCAGAGCAUCACCGCCGAGGACAUUGAGCGCGAGGCUCGCUUCGCCGCUGCAACCGCCACAGCCGCCCUCGAGGACAUUCUCGAGGCCGCGUCGGACGACGACGAGCCCGACCUCUCGGACAGCCGUUCGAGCGUAUCUGCCUCCCCCGAGCCCCGCACACCUACCACGCAGCAAAGCCUCACUCUCUCGUUCGACGACGGCGACUGCCAGAUGGACUCGGCACCGGCACUCAUUCUUUCCCACUCUGACGACUCGCUGAGCGAGCGUGACCAGUGGGAGAGUGAGUCGGAGCCCGAGAUUCGCCCCAAGAAGUGGAACUCGGGCAGAAAUGGCAAGCAGCACAUGGCUCCCAUUAGGUCACUCCCCGCUUCCUCAUGGCGCGUCGAGGCCUGUAACUAG